AUAAUCAAGCCAGAAAUGGCUACUUCUACGCCAAGGGCACUAAUAUAUGCCCUGGCUAUAUGUUUACUGGCCACUCAAGUAGUAAUGGCCGAUGACGAUGACCACGAUUAUGAUAAAUCACCACCACCCUAUUACUAUGCAUCACCGCCUCCGUCUUAUUACUACACUUCACCUCCGCCACCGUAUGUUUACUCUUCACCGCCACCAUAUUAUUACAAGUCUCCUCCUCCACCUCCAUAUGUCUACUCAUCACCACCACCCCCACCUUAUUUGUACUCUUCUCCACCACCGCCUCCAUAUGUAUACAAAUCUCCACCACCACCGCCUUAUGUAUACAAAUCUCCACCACCACCGCCGUACGUUUAUAAAUCUCCACCGCCUCCACCUUACGUCUACUCUUCACCGCCACCACCUCCAUAUGUAUACAAAUCUCCACCUCCACCACCUUAUGUCUACUCCUCUCCACCACCACCACCAUAUGUCUACUCAUCACCGCCACCCCCACCAUAUAUAUACAAAUCUCCACCUCCACCACCUUAUGUCUACUCAUCACCUCCACCCCCACCAUAUGUCUAUAAAUCUCCACCACCACCGCCAUAUGUUUACUCUUCACCACCACCACCUCCAUAUGUAUACAAAUCCCCACCUCCACCACCUUAUGUCUACUCCUCUCCACCACCGCCACCAUACGUCUACUCUUCACCACCGCCACCUCCAUAUGUAUACAAAUCUCCACCCCCACCACCAUAUGUCUACUCUUCUCCACCACCGCCACCAUACGUCUAUAAAUCUCCACCACCGCCACCAUAUGUCUACUCUUCACCACCACCACCUCCAUAUGUAUACAAAUCUCCACCCCCACCACCAUAUGUUUAUUCCUCCCCACCACCCCCACCAUACGUCUAUAAAUCUCCACCACCACCGCCGUAUGUCUACUCUUCACCACCACCACCUCCAUAUGUAUACAAAUCUCCACCCCCACCACCAUAUGUUUAUUCCUCCCCACCACCCCCACCAUACGUCUAUAAAUCUCCACCACCACCGCCGUAUGUCUACUCUUCACCACCACCACCUCCAUAUGUAUACAAAUCUCCACCCCCACCACCAUAUGUUUAUUCCUCCCCACCACCCCCACCAUACGUCUAUAAAUCUCCACCACCACCGCCGUAUGUCUACUCUUCACCACCACCACCUCCAUAUGUAUACAAAUCUCCACCCCCACCACCAUAUGUUUAUUCCUCCCCACCACCACCAUACAUUUAUAAGUCUCCUCCACCACCGCCGUAUGUCUACUCUUCACCACCACCGCCUCCUUAUGUAUACAAAUCUCCUCCACCACCUCCAUAUGUAUACAAAUCUCCACCACCACCUCCGUAUGUCUACUCUUCACCACCACCACCUCCUUAUGUAUACAAAUCUCCACCUCCACCACCUUAUGUCUAUUCCUCCCCACCACCACCUCCUUAUGUAUACAAAUCUCCACCUCCACCACCUUAUGUCUACUCCUCCCCACCACCACCUCCUUAUGUAUACAAAUCUCCACCUCCACCACCAUAUGUCUACUCAUCACCUCCACCACCUCCUUAUGUAUACAAAUCUCCACCUCCGCCACCAUAUGUUUACUCAUCACCACCACCUCCUCCUUACAUUUAUAAGUCUCCUCCUCCACCACCUUAUGUUUACAAGUCACCACCACCUCCUCCUUAUUAUGUCUAUUCUUCUCCUCCUCCCCCGAUGGAAUUAAGGCUACAAGUAAUUAGUUCAUGCUAUAGAUUUGUGAAAGGAAUAAUUAACUCGAGAAGGAAGAUUUUGGCAUUGAUAUGGAGAUGGAAACUUCUCAAUUUAGCUCGAGAAAUGGCUGCCACAAAUUAUUGUAUGCUAUAUAUAAAAGGCAGCCAGCCCCUUAUCUUAAAAAUUCAUUCACAACACAUUCUAUCUAAUUCAAUGAAUAGUUUGUGGCCAAUGGCACUAUGUGCCCUAGCUAUAUGUCUAAUGGCCACAACUACCGUAUAUGCUUCCUAUGAGCCACCUUAUAUUUAUUCAUCGCCACCACCGCCACCAUAUAUCUACAAAUCUCCUCCUCCACCAUUUUCGGUGCCACAAUUUCCUUACUAUUAUAACUAUCCACCACCAACAACAAAGAAAUAUAAACCUCCGCCAUACUAUUACAAAUCUCCCACACCACCUCCCUACUAUUACAAAUCUCCUCCACCACCAACUCAUUCUCCACCACCUCCCUACUAUUACAAAUCUCCACCUCCUCCUUCGCCAUCGCCUCCUCCACCAUAUUACUACAAGUCUCCGCCUCCACCAUCUCCAUCACCACCACCUCCCUACUAUUACAAAUCUCCACCACCUCCGUCGCCAUCGCCUCCUCCACCAUACUACUACAAAUCUCCUCCUCCUCCAUCACCAUCGCCCCCGCCACCAUAUUACUACAAAUCUCCUCCCCCUCCAUCACCGUCGCCCCCGCCACCAUAUUACUACAAGUCUCCGCCUCCACCAUCUCCAUCACCACCGCCUCCUUACUAUUAUAAAUCUCCACCACCUCCUUCGCCUCCUCCACCGUACUACUACAAAUCUCCUCCCCCUCCAUCACCUUCUCCCCCGCCACCAUAUUACUACAAGUCUCCUCCUCCACCAUCUCCAUCACCACCGCCUCCUUACUAUUAUAAAUCUCCACCACCUCCUUCGCCAUCGCCUCCUCCACCAUACUACUACAAAUCUCCUCCCCCUCCAUCACCAUCACCGCCACCACCCUACUACUAUAAGUCUCCUCCACCACCAUCUCCUUCACCACCACCUCCUUACUAUUACAAAUCCCCUCCCCCUCCAUCACCAUCACCGCCACCACCUUAUUACUACAAGUCUCCACCUCCACCAUCUCCUUCACCGCCACCACCUUAUUACUACAAGUCUCCACCUCCACCAUCUCCUUCACCACCACCACCAUACUAUUACAAGUCCCCACCCCCACCUUCUCCAUCACCACCCCCAUACUACUAUAGGUCUCCACCACCUCCAAAGUAUUAAUAUUAAGGAAUCAAUUAAAAGCCCAUAUAUAGUAUUGUUUUUAAUGUCAUGGUUGAAUUGAAAGAGCAAUAAGAAGAAUGACGAUUAGAGAGCGAAACUCAUUCUUUCUAGUGUUACCUGAAUUAUGAGUAAACACUUGUUUUAAAUAUAUGUUAAUGUACUUUGAAGUGAAUUCAUAUUCUGUUCAUGGACAUCCACACAUGUUAUAUGAAGUUUAUUGAU